AUGUCGUCAAUCCUCCUCGAGCCACUCAGCCAACUCCAAACCUUGUCACAGCAAUUAUUUCUCUCGCUCGGGCCCGCACAAUCUAAGCCUCCACCCACGCCGCCAGUAUCGGCGUUCCUCGAGGUCGAUGCAGCACUCGCAGCCGCGGUGCAGUGCGCACGGGCGCAUCAGGUACGACAGCGGCGAAUCGAAGCGCUGAAGGCGGAGGUUCUCGAGCUUGACAGUGAGUGGCGAGAUGUGGUGGGCUCCCUCGAAGGGGGGAGGAGAGAACUAGAGGAAACCGUCAAGGAAGGCGAGGAGCGACUCAAAGCCAUCGAAGAAGCGAAAACAGCUGCAAUCCCCUACCCCGAACUGCUCGCCUAUGCGCAGAGCCUGUCCGCAUUCACGUCCGCGCCACCAAACAUGCCCGAUCUCACACUCCCAGGGCAGCCCCCUCCUCCACUCUUCUUCCCCCCUUUCCCGAACGAGGAGAAAAUGCGUCGUGGGCACAUGAACGACGAGGCGCCGCUAGGUUUGCUCGGCGAGACGCACUCCGUCGGUAAAGCACCCACCGUGCAGCCAAAAUCUCCCGAGCAUCCCGACAUGAUGGGUCCCGCUGCGAACCCGUACCGACCAGACCUCCGUGCUCCUCAGCAGCAGUUCUUCGAUCUCGACCUGGACCUCAAUCCGGACUUGUAA